GCACGUAUUUCUCAUGUGCUUGUUUACAAGUCACUAAAGCAAAACAAAUCAAUGAAAAUGGCUCAUGUAGAGUUUCACGAAAAUUUCCGUCUAAUUGUCGAAAAAAUCUUUAAUAAUUGGCAAAAUCUUCGUUUAGCCGUUGAGCAUGGCAUGGGAGGAAGGAAUGGCCAACAAGUGGCUAUAGAGAUUGUCGACUACAUUUACAAAUAUUGUAUGGGUAAUGAGAAUAUAUCAGAGGGAGAGUUACAACAGGUGCUUGAAGAACUGAUGGACGAAGAAUUCAACACGAUUUGUGAAGAUGGUUCCAUAAUAGAAAUUUGCCGACAUUUGUUAAGGUAUAAACAAAUGAGUUUGCGAGGCCAAUAUGAUGAAAUUGAAAGCGAGCUCACUAAACUGCCUUUAGACAAAGAAUGGUUGAAUCCAAAUGUAAAAAUUACAUAUGCACCAGCUGACGUUGAUUCAUCUUCCGAAGAUGAGGCAACUAACACCGGGGACGAUGACGACACGGAUGACAUGGAAGUCGAUCAGGAGGACAAAACUGACAGUGUUCUUAAUUGCCCAUCUUCUUCCCAACGUAUAACCCAGUCGCAAAUCCGCCAAAAGAAAGAAUUUAUAGAACCCGAUCCGGGUUGGACCACCGUUCGGGGGAAAAAAAAAUAAUGUGUUUAUUAUUUCAGAUCAAAUAUUAGCGUAUUUUUAUGUGAAAUAACGAAUAAGUGUUCAAUUAAAUAAGCAAUUGUUGAUUUCAGUCAAAUCU